CUAGAAAGAUAGAAGAAUGAAAAAAAUAAAACUAAAAGAAGUGAGAUCUAUAGAGGAAGAUGAAGAUUUGAUUAGCAAACUUCCUGAUGUACUAUUAUCUUCUAUCAUUUCUUUACUUCCUGUCGUAGAAGGUGUGAGAACUAGUGUGCUUUCAAGACGCUGGGAAAAGGUGUGGAAAUACUCAUCUCAUCUUAACUUUGACCAAAGAAAAAUGUUGAUGCCUUUGAUGAAAGAAUACAUUGAUACUUCUGAACCAGCUACUCGUCUUCAGAUGGCUUUAUAUCCUAAGAUUUCUGUUGAUGAUGAGAAAUAUCUUGAUACAAUUGCUCAAGCAGCCAUGUUGAUUACAUCAAUUAUAGACAAUCACAUUGGUCCUUUGAAAAGUUGUAGUAUUAGACAUAUAGUUGAGAGUUGUGCAAAUGGAGAUGCUACUGGGUGGAUGAGAAAGCUUUUGGCGAAAGAGGUGACAGAGGUUUCAAUGGAACUUGAACCCUUUGAUUAUUGUCACCUAAUAAGUGAGAGAGUCUUUAUGGAAGUUGGAUGGACUCUCAAUCUUCCUUUUGAAGUUUUCUCUAAUUUUAAGAUUCUUAAGUUGAAGAACUAUAAAUUUAAAAUUACAGAUUUCUCAAACCCUUCUCAGAUUUUACAGACUCUUACUCUUAGCAAUCUAGAUAUUAAAUCAAAAACUUUUCAAGAGAUCAUCUCUCAUUGCUCCUCUCUCGAAAACCUUAUCAUUGAGAACUGUGAUUCAUUAGUCAAUGUUAAGGUUGAUAGCUCGAGUCUUAAAUAUUUUAAAAUAUGUGAUAUGCUCGUACAAAACUUUUUGAUUUCUUCUAUUAGCGUUGAAAUCAUAGAGAUUGACUCCAUUAAUUGUAACAUUGGAGAAAUAAUUUUUGAGACCCCAAAACUUCGGGUUCUCCAUGCUUACCGUGAUUUGAAAAAUCCUAGAAAUUUUGUGUCUCUUUACGGAAAUAAGCUUUUAGGAACGAGGAAUAUCAAUUCAAGAUUUUCCGCAUCGGGUUCUCGAGGUUCAAGAAUGGGAAGUAUAUUUUUCAAUUUGAUUACCCUUUCCAUGGAUUUAGAUUUGGAAGAUAAUAUCAAUUCAAUAGCUCUUUAUUCUGCACUGAAGUCCUGCCACAGACUAGUGAAUCUCGAAAUUAAUAACCAGGUAAACUUGCGACAAGAAAAUGAGAUACAUGAUCAAAAUACCAAUGAUGGUAUGCCUUAUGGCGAAUAUAUGUUUUGGCAAAAGAUGGAGCCAUGUGAGUGCAUUAAUAAGCAACUAAAGUCGGUUUGUUUAAAGGGAUACAGAGGUGGAAAAUUUGAGUAUGAGUUUGUUAAGUACUUAAUAACAAAUAGCCAAGUUAUAGAGAAUAUCAUCAUUUGGUUUGUGGAUGAUUCUUCAUGGAUUGAAGUUGUUGCAACUAUAUGUUUAUUAUCAUAUCCAAGAAGUUCUCCCAAAUUAUCCAUUGAUCUCAAGCCUGGAGCGGAGUAUAUGAAAAAAUAUGGGAAUAACUUUGAAAAGUGGGUUAGAACCCUAAAAUAGUUAUGAAGAUAUGAAAUAAAAAAACAUUGUUUUUAUUUCGAAAUAAUAUUUUGGUAGCUUUUGGUAGCUUGGCCAACUCUUGUAUCUUCACAGCUUCACUGGAAAACUCUAUCCUAUGUCUCAAUCAAUAAUGGUUUUAGGGUCUUUAGCCUCCUUCCUCUGAAGGAAUACUAUUCUUAGGGCUUCUCUUGGAGAACUGUUUCAUUUUAUGGUGAUUUAGUGAGGUUGAAAUCUAGCAUUUACCUUUUUACUGUUUUGUUCCUUUUGUUGCUUUGAUGUUGUUAUCUUUCUUGUCUAAGUGUCAUCAGCACAUUACUUCUUAUGCUAUGUAAUAACAAUAUUUUUUGUA